AUGGAGGUUGCAGCUAAAAUCUUGAGUAGUAUUCUCUCACAAGCCCCUCCUGGUGAGUUCAGUGAGGUUGUCAAUGAUUUGCGAGCUCUGAUAAAUGACGAUGACCUGAUACGUGAGAACAUAGAACAAAUCACUGCAAAAUGCAACCUGGAGAAUUUCAUCCCGGUUUUGGUAGGAGCAGAAAAAGUACUAAUCACUGAACAUGGUGACUUGGGGAAUGAGUAUUUUCUAGAUCCAAAGCAGAAGAUUUCUUUUAAGUUUGAUCACUUGAGCAGAACAGUUUCUGACAUCCAGCCAUGUACUGCAGAAAACCCCACAGAGAACUGGAGGACAGUGAUUGAAAGUGCACUCACCAGCUAUGUGAACAAACACUAUCCAGCUGGGAAUGUUAUCGUUUAUGGGACGAUAUAUAGGGACCAGAAGAUCAUCACUGCCUGCAUUGAAUCUCAUAAUUUUCAACGGAAUGAGUUCUGGAAUGGAUUCUGGAAAUCUGAAUGGAAACUUGUGCACCACCAAUCUCAAGCUGAAGUUAGAGGUACAAUUAAGGUGCAGGCUCACUACUUUGAGGAGGGUAGCAUUAACUUGACCACCAGUACUGAAGUACAUCAGCAGCUUUCACUGAAUAAUGAAUAUGAAGGAGCUACAGAGUUUGUGAAAGUUAUUGAAAAUGCUGAUGCAGAAUUCCAGCUUGCACUGAUGGAUAAUUACCAGAAGCUGGACUGUUUGCUCAAAGGCCUCCGACGACAAUUACCACUUACACACACAACAGUUGACUGGAACAAAAUCAUCAAUGCUAAGAUUGUCAGGGAGAUGGUUCUGGCACAGUGUUCAUAAGAAUCUGAAACUAAAGUUUUGUUCAAUUCAACUCAUUAUAUUUAAAAAUUAAAGUACAUGCAUCAAAAUAGAGUCUGGUCUUACCAUAAUUCACAGAUUUAAGUCUGCUAUGCAGAAGAAUAAUCAGUAUUGGGAAAACACGAACUACUUUACAUUCUAGUAGAGAAGAGGAUCACCUUUUUUAGCAGUUGAAAUUUUGGAUAUGGAUGUCAUUUAUAAAACAGGUUAAAGUUUUCUUUGUUUUAAUCCCACUUAUGGACUAAAUCAGUAUCAGAACAUGUUCCUGAUUACUUAAGAGAUGCUUUUGAAGUUUUAUCAGCAAAAAUAAAUAUUUGUUUUAUAAUUAUAAUUAUGCGGCUUCUUGGACAGCACAUUGCUAUGAACAUUUAUGUUCUUCAAAAUCCAUUUAAUUGUAGAGCUAUA